AGCCCUUAAUAUUAGAAUUUGAAGCAGCGAACCGUGACUCCAGGACUCUCUCUCGUCAGGAGCUCACGGUAUUAGUCGUCACCGUCUUCUCCUUCGUGUCCAUCCCCCUGUGCUGCUGCUGCUACGCUUAACUCUUUCUCUCUCUUUCACAAAUCUGAAUCAAAUGGAGAAUGACAUGAUGGGGGACAAACUGAUACUUAGAGGUUUGAAAUUUUACGGUUACCAUGGAGCUAUUCCUGAAGAGAAGACGCUGGGCCAGAUGUUUAUGCUUGACAUUGAUGCAUACAUGUGUCUCAAAAAGGCAGGUCUUUCAGACAACUUAGAAGAUUCAGUCAGCUAUGUCGACAUUUACAACUUGGCUAAGGAAGUUGUAGAAGGGCCAUCAAGAAACCUUCUGGAGGCAGUAGCGGAACUCAUAGCCUCCAAAACUCUGACUACAUUUUCCCGGAUAACAGCUGUUCGGGUGAAGCUGUGGAAGCCAAAUGUUCCGCUUGUUUGUAGCGCUCUCGAUUACUUGGGGGUCGAGAUUUUCAGAAAUCGCGCAAACUGAAUAAAACCAAAUGCAUUGUUUUUCUCAGUUUUGUUGUCUCAGUUCUAUCCAUGUAGCUUCAAAGUUGAAACAUUGAAAUGACUUGGACGAGAGAGAUUGCCAUU